AUGGACUCUCAGCAGGCUGGCGGUGCAGUCAAAGACACUCCUGCUGAAGGCAUUGUUCAUGCUGCUUUGGCCAGAAAACAACCGCCGCCAGAAGCUCCGCAGGGCGUCAAGACACGUCGAUGGAUCAUCUUCUGUUUCUGGGCUAUCGCCGGCCUGCUCGGCCUGCCUAUUUGGUACGCCACGACCACAGUUCCCCGCGCUGCACUGCCCUUGGAGUCGAUGGAUGCGUGGGCCUCAGGUCAGGUAUGCCUCGCCCUUCCGCUCCAUCCUAUGAUAUCUACUGAACAUAGAAAAGNNACAUGUCAACUCGAGUUUCCUGUGCACGUUGCUCUUUCUGCUGCCCAUCUUAACACUGCGACCACCACCGAACUUGCUCACCAAGUCCAGCAGGGCUUGGACAGACAGAACAAGUCCCCUUUUCACCGCUUACGAGUAACCACUCCGGGGCACAGUACUGCAGAUCAGUCAGCAGAUGCGCAAUAUACUGACCCUUCGACGUCCUCGGCUGUCACUGUCAACCUCGUGCUUGAUGACUCCUACUCUGGUCCAGUGGCCAAGGUCCAGCCCUUUGAUCCUACUCUAAACAUCUACCAUGGUUCAUUGCCGUCAGCUCAGUCCACCGGUGUGUCUGACCUUGCUGACUUCGUUGCGACUGAGCUUCUGAAGCUCUUCGCGGAAGAACAAAUUACUCUAGACUAUCUCUUGACUGGGCAGACUGCUCAUCACGAAUCCUCAGGAGAUGUCAAUUCUCUGUCCAUCGUUGAAGGCUACCGAAGAAGGUCUAAUCGUGCUUUCAAGUAUGCAUCAACUUACCACUUAACAUUUUCGCUAUUCACGGGCUCAGCAUCACCAUCCGCAUGGGAUAUCAAAGCAGCGCUCGACGAGUACCUCGGCCCCUUCCUGGCCUCGUUUUCGUCCGUCAGCAAAUUCAGCGUUGACACCCAGGUACAGCUGUACGCAUCCUUAUCGCCUUCAUUGCACGGCCCGCAAUACGAUGAAGUAUCCAAGCAAUGGACACUGAUGCGCUCUGACCUGAGUGCAUUCAUCAAUGCAGCUGAGUGGCCUCUCAGUCCUAGCAUCGGUGUAGGCCCAACUAUCAAUUUUGUUGCUUACGUUCCUUCUUCCAAGCAAGCUCCGAUGGUGAUUGAAGAAACAGGCGGAACCAGUUGGCUGAUCCCUCAAUGGGGCGGAGUCCAGAUCCUGAACCCGUUGACGGGCCAAAACAACACUGUCCUGAGCAAGCAUGACCUCGAGCCGGUCGUGCGCAUCUUUGCAGAGCAAUUGGAGUCUCUUGUCGGGCUACCUCAGUCACCACCUUCGCUACCUCUUCGUCUUUCCAGCUUGACACGCGAAAGGGCGGCGUCAUUAAUUCUGUCGGCCUCAUCGACUCUCGGAGCGUUGUCCAGGCUUACACUCAAGCUGACCAGCAUCGCCAUUCCGGACAAUGUAGCCGACUCAGUGCAANAAACAAUUCAUCACCUGGAGACUGCUUGCUCUCAUCUCCAUGAAGGACACUACGACGCUGCCUUGGAGCAUGCACGAAUUGCUGAAGCUCAAGCCGAGCAAGCAUUCUUUGAACCAUCUAUGGUUGGCCAAGUGUACUUCCCAGACGAGCAUAAAGUGGCGGUAUAUGUGCCCCUACUAGGUCCUAUGGCUGUACCUCUGGUCAUGGCGGCGUUGAAAGAAAUCAAGAAAUUCAAGCAAGCUCGGGCAAAGACUAGUUGA